AUGCGGUGGACGACUUUCCUCUCGGCGCUGUUGCUCUCCGGCACGGCCGACGCCGCCGGCCGCAGCAUCGCACAUGCUGGGAAACGCCAUGUCGAGCACGCCGCGAAGCGUGCAAGGUCGAUGGUGGGCGCCGACUUCCAGCCCCCUGUUGUCGAGCGGGAUGAGAAGGCGGAGCACAAGUUCCUGAACGCGAAUACCACGAAAUUCGCUGUUGAUGGCAAGGGCAUUCCGGAUGUUGACUUUGACGUGGGCGAGUCUUACGCUGGAUUGCUGCCCAUUACGAGUAAGAAGGAUGAGGAGAGCAAUUUGUUCUUCUGGUUCUUCCCCUCGACUAAUGAGGCGGCGGAUAAGGAGAUCAUUAUCUGGCUGAACGGAGGUCCGGGGUGCUCGUCCUUUGAAGGCCUGUUGCAGGAAAACGGGCCGUUCUUGUGGCAAUAUGGUACCUACAAGCCGGUCAAAAACCCCUGGAGCUGGCACACCCUGAGCAACAUCAUCUAUGUUGAGCAGCCCGUCGGCACCGGCUUCUCCACCGGCAAGCCUUCCAUCACAAACGAGGAGGAGCUGGCAGACCAGUUCAAGGGGUUCUGGAAGAACUUUGUUGACACUUUUGGCCUGCACGGCUACAAAGUGUACAUUGCCGGCGAGUCCUAUGCUGGCUACUACUGCCCGUACAUCGCCCACUCCUUCGUUGAGGACGAAGACAAGACCUACUUCGACCUCGCCGGGAUGACCAUCUACAACCCGUCCCUCACCUUCGACGAGGUCCAAGAGCCCAUCCCAGCCGUCGCCUUCACCGAGUACUGGGCCGGUCUCUUCCCCUUCAACGACACCUUCCGCGCCGACCUCAAGCGCCGCGAGCAAGAAUGCGGCUACGCCGACUUCCUCGCCGAGUACCUCGUCUACCCCCCCAAAGGCCCCAUGCCCAACCGCCUCCCGGGAACCGACAAAACCGGCACCACCCGCGACGAGUGCUGGAACAUCUACUGGGACAUCUUCGAUGCCAUCAGCCUUCUCAACCCCUGCUUCGACAUCUACCAAGUCGCCACCACCUGCCCCUUACUCUGGGACGUCCUCGGCUUCCCGGGGUCCAUGCCCUACCUGCCCGAGGGCACCGACGUGUACUUCGACCGCGCCGACGUGAAAAAGGCCAUCCACGCGCCCGAGGGCGUGACCUGGGAGGAGUGUUCAUCCGACGACGUCUUCGUCGGCGGAUCGGAUGGUUCCCUGCCCUCCACCCUCUCCGUCCUCCCGCGCGUCAUCGACGCCACCAAGAACGUCAUCGUCGGCCAUUCCGCCCUCGACAUGAUCCUCCUCGCAAACGGUACCCUCCUCUCCUUUCAGAACAUGACCUGGGGCGGCAAGCUGGGAUUCCAGAACCGGCCGGACCAGCCUUUCUACGUGCCGCAUAACAACAUCACCGGGCUAUCCACGCUGGCCGGCGCCGGGGUGUUCGGCAGUUUGGUCUCGGAGCGCGGGCUGACGUUUGUUGGUGUGGACCUUGCUGGGCAUAUGGUCCCGCAGUAUGCGCCCUCGGCGGCGUAUCGUCAUGUUGAGUUUAUGCUGGGCCGGGUGGACUGCAUGAAUUGCACCAAGCCGUUCACGACGGACCCCCAGACGCCGCAGAGCGAUGGUGACUUGGGUUUCGGGACUGCGCCGCCUGGGUGGAGUGGUAUUGAUGGUGGGAAAGGGAAGGGAAAAGGUAAGCCGCCCCGUCGGAUUAGGAAGUGA